UUGGUGGUCUCCAUCAGUUUGUCACUGACAGUAAAGCUAGUUCUGAGGAAAGCUCGAGAAACUUUUGUUGCUUUGGUAUUUUACCUCAUAUAAUGCGAGUCGGAUCAUAAGACUCUCAGGGGUCACUGUACGUCCAUGUGUCCAUGUGUCUUGUCCAAUUCAGCAAGUAGAUGGCGUCUUCCCUUACCACAGGCGCCUCAUCCUUCCAGAAGAUAGCUGAGUCACAUCUCCACGCGCGCUCACCAAGGACACUUGCGAGGCUGUAUUUCGCGCUCAAACACAAUGCUGACGAUCACUCUGAAGACCCUCCAGCAGCAGACGUUCAAAGUGGAGAUAGAUGAGGAGCUGACGGUAAAAGCUCUUAAAGAGAAGAUAGAGGAAGAAAAGGGGCAAGAUGCUUUUCCAGCUGUCGGUCAAAAACUAAUCUAUUCAGGCAAAAUUUUGAAUGACGAUAUACCUCUAAAAGAAUACAAGAUAGAUGAAAAGAACUUUGUCGUGGUGAUGGUUACAAAGCCCAAAUCUGCAGCACCACCACAGGCUCCUGCUCCCGCACCAGCAGCUGCCACUACAGUUAGCGCAACCAUCGCCGAAACCCCUGCACAUCCACCCUCAACUCCUGCUUCCUCCAUAGUGCCUGUAUCGACCCCUCCUUCAGCUCCUGUAGAAUCAGCAGAGUCAGCAGAUCUGCCCGUGACACCCGUCACAGCGCCUCCUGCUGCCUCGGAGGAUGCUGCAGAAAGGCCUGAGCCAUUUAGUGGCACUCCCACUCCGAUUUCAGAAGAAGAGAACCAGGCAGCGCAAGAAGGGCAGGCCGUCGCCCAAUCAGAGGCUAGCAUUACAGAUGAGUUGGGUCUUUUAGAAGCAGCUGCGUCCAUAUUAGUUACAGGUCAAGCGUAUGAGAAUUUGGUGACGGAAAUCAUGUUGAUGGGUUAUGAGAGAGAACAGGUGAUCGCCGCCUUGCGAGCAAGUUUCAACAAUCCAGACAGAGCCGUGGAGUACCUGCUUAUGGGUAUUCCCACAGAAUCAGAGCAGCCUCCACAAGAAGUAGUGCAGCCCCCACCAGCGUCGAACCCCACCCCUCCAGAACCACAGCGACCUCAACCACCGCCCGCCACCACCGGUGUGGAGUCGGGAGCACCGCAGACCUCUGCAAACCCGCUGGAGUUCCUCAGGAGCCAGCCACAGUUCCAGCAAAUGCGUCAGAUCAUCCAGCAGAACCCCGCACUCCUGCCAGCGCUCCUGCAGCAGUUGGGACGUGACAACCCUCAGCUCCUGCAGCAAAUCACGCAGCAUCAGGAGCGGUUCGUGCAGAUGUUGAACGAGCCACAAGCAGGAGAGGCUGGAGCCGCUGAAGCUCCCAGCGCACCACAGACCAACUACAUCCAGGUCACGCCGCAGGAGAAGGAGGCCAUCGAGAGGUUAAAAGCUCUGGGGUUUCCAGAGGGACUCGUCAUCCAAGCCUACUUCGCCUGCGAGAAAAACGAGAACCUCGCCGCAAACUUCCUGCUCCAGCAGAACUUUGAUGAUGAGUGAACGUUAACCAUUUAGACGCGAUGACACUCAGGGGACAGCGACGGAGAGAAUGCAAGCGCUAGGCCACACGUUGCGCAUGUGUGUGUGAAUGUGUAUUACAGCGAAUAGGACGUCGACUGGUCUUCCAUGAUGAUUUUCAUGGAGUUUAAACUGAAGCCAUGAUGUGAUUUUUUUUUUUUUAAAUAUAUAUAUAUAUAUGUUUAUAUAUAUAUAUGUAUAUAUAAAUGGCCGAUCCUCCUCAACGAGGUGUCUGUCUGGUUUCUGCUGCUAUCUCUGCUGUGUGCGUCGAGUGAAGUUUUAUCACGGUAAUAUACCUGCCAAAAAACUCUCAAGGUCAUCAUUCAUUUCUCGCCAUUGUUUUUCAGUAUUGAUGAGACGUCAAGAUGGAUGCCAAAUUUAAUUUGUCGCCACUGAAAACAAGCCUUUGAUGGAUUGACGUACAUAUUUUGAAUACGUAGUACCAUUUUUGUUGCUGAAAAGAUUUUGGGAGACACCGUUGCGUCAAAUUAAUUAUGGUAUCUACUUAUACCGUUACAUAAUUUUUAGUGCUUACUUUUCUUUCCAUGCGAGCCUCUACUGUGUAAAAUACAUGUUUAUGCAGUGGACGUCACCAAACUACUACUUUAUAACUCCUCUGUUCCCUUAAGCUAAACCAUUAAUAUUAUAAAUAAACCAAAUGUUGUGUAUGUUGGUAUCUUUAAUAUAAAGUCGAUAUUUAAAGUCUACAAUUAUGAGUUAUUGGUACAAAACAGCAUUGACAGUUAGCUGCCUAACUAGAAUUUAUUUCCAAGUUUAUUUCUGUUAUGAAAUAUGGUAAUUUCAACCCAACAUUUAAAUUCUGUCAUCAUUUACUCACCCUCCAUGUCUUUCUUCUGUUGAACAAAAAAGGAGAUAUUUUGAAAAAUGUUGGUAACCAAACAUUUAAUGGUAGCCAUUAACUUCCAUAGUAUGGGAAAAAAAUACUAUUAAAGUCAAUGGCUUUAACAUCAACUGUUUGGUUAUCAACAUUCUUAAUUUUCGUUUUUUUGUGAAUUAUCACUUUUAACUUUAAAGUUCCCACUAGAACCAGUUCAGUAUGCAGUAGAAGCCGAAUGAGCAUUGGUUUUGAAUGGAGCCCGAAAUGCUGCAACAAUCGUAGGUAUUUAAUGUGGUGAAGCAACUGAAUGCAUUUGAGUGUCUCAUCGGGACUUGAAAACAUCAUUAAAAUAUGCAUUGUAAUUUGAAUAUUUGUACAUAUUCGAGUGAAGGAGAAAACAGUGUUGUCUUGGUUUCUGUUGCACACUUAAGACAGUGCCAAACAUAAUUAGAAACUGGAAACAGAUAAGUGGGCUGCAAUGCUUAAAGUGGAUGCAGAAUCUAUAUAUUUUUAUAUAGGUGAUUUGUCCUGCUCCUAUAGUUUUGAGUUAAAAUAUGCUUUUAUUGAGGACACUGAAAAAUCUAUAGGUGUUCUGACAGGUACAGGCAAAACUAAGCGCCCUGUUUACACUAGUUGAUGCAGUUUUGGAUUUUCAUUUCAGCAUUUUAUAUUGUUUUAUCGUCUUGGGGGAUUUGAUGUGUGGAGAAAGUAAACAUGGAGGAGUUUGGUCUUAAAUGCAUCAGCACAAAAGGGUUUGCUGAGUGGUUUAUGAAUGUAUUGUUUCAGUGGUGUGUGAAAUAAAUUGCUUUUAAAAAGCUU